AUGAUGAACCGGCAGCGAGGCUCACGCGCACACCUGUGCGACGUCAGUGAGGCUCACCUGCACACCUGUGUGGCAUCAGAACUAGUGAACAGCAGUGACAGGAGUGACGAUUACUAUUCAUCGACCAGUGAGGACUAUUAUAUGGACAAUGACACCUUACUGUGCUCCUUGGAGGAGGUGAGAAGGUUCUCCAGGUUGUUUGUGCCCAUUGCUUACGCCCUGAUAUGUGUCUUUGGCCUGUUGGGGAAUAUUUUAGUGGUGAUCACCUUUGCUUUCUACAAGAAGACCAAGUCCAUGACCGACGUGUACCUCUUCAACAUGGCCAUCGCAGACAUACUGUUUGUCCUCACGCUCCCCUUCUGGGCAGUGAACCACGCGAGCGGAGCAUGGCCCUUUAGUAACGUCACGUGCAAGCUGAUGAAAGGCAUCUAUGCCAUCAACUUCAACUGCGGGAUGCUGCUUCUGACCUGCGUCAGCCUGGACCGCUACAUCGCCAUUGUGCAGGCCACCAAGUCUUUCCGGCUCCGGUCCAAAACCUUAACACAUAGCAAGGCCAUCUGCUUCAUGGUCUGGGCGCUGUCCAUCGUCAUCUCCAGCUCCACCUUCACCUUCAACCAGAAGUACAGCCUGCAGGGCAUGGACGUCUGUGAGCCCAAGUACCACAACGUCUCCGAGCCCAUUCGGUGGAAGCUGCUGAUGCUCGGGCUACAGCUCCUCUUUGGCUUCUUCAUCCCACUGGUGUUCAUGAUCUUCUGCUACACGUUCAUUGUCAAAACCCUAGUGCACGCGCAGAAUUCCAAAAGGCACAAGGCCAUCCGGGUGAUCAUCGCAGUGGUCCUCGUGUUUCUCAUUUGCCAGACUCCCCACAACAUGGUUUUGCUCGUGACCGCUGUAAACCUGGGCAGCACAGGCCGGUCCUGCAGCGGCGAGAAGCUCAUUGGCUACACCAAGAACAUCACCGAGGUCUUGGCCUUCCUGCACUGCUGUCUCAACCCCGUGCUCUACGCCUUUGUGGGCCAGAAGUUCCGAAACUACUUCCUGAAGAUCAUGAAGGACCUGUGGUGUGUAAGAAGAAAACACCAGGCCGCCAGCUUCUCCUGCUCCUGGGUGUACUCCGAGAGCGCCACCUCCAGGCAGACCAGCGAGGUGGUGGACGAGAACAUGUCCUCCUUCACCAUGUGA